AAACGCAUGCUCACAGAGUCGCACGUUGACUACGUAUUUAAAAACCAACGAUAGCUCUCAUUUCCAAACGCUGUAGCUACAUUUCUUCAUCACGAAUAAGGAUGACUGAGCAGGACGUGGAGAAUGAGCUCUUGGACUAUGAUGAGGAUGAUGUGGACGCGGUGGGAGAUCUGUCAGGAGGGGAUAUUCUGGCCAUUAAGAAGGAGCGUGUGAAGGGCUCCUAUGUGUCCAUCCAUUCCUCUGGUUUUAGAGACUUCCUGUUGAAGCCAGAGCUGCUGAGGGCUAUAGUGGACUGUGGCUUUGAGCAUCCCUCUGAGGUUCAGCAUGAGUGCAUCCCCCAGGCGAUCCUGGGUAUGGAUGUGCUGUGCCAGGCCAAGUCUGGUAUGGGCAAGACGGCAGUGUUUGUUCUGGCCACACUACAGCAGCUGGAGCCUGUCACUGGACAGGUGUCAGUGCUGGUGAUGUGCCACACCCGAGAGCUGGCAUUUCAGAUCAGCAAGGAGUAUGAGAGAUUCUCCAAGUACAUGCCAACUAUCAAGGUGGCAGUGUUCUUUGGUGGCCUGUCUAUAAAGAAGGACGGGGAGGUGUUGAAGAAGGAGUGUCCCCAUGUGGUGGUGGGGACGCCAGGGCGAAUCCUGGCCCUGAUCCGCAACAAGACCCUCAACCUGCGAAACAUCAAACACUUCAUCCUGGACGAGUGUGACAAGAUGCUGGAGCAACUUGACAUGCGCCGAGACGUCCAGGAGAUAUUCCGUCUGACCCCCCAUGAGAAACAGGUCAUGAUGUUCAGCGCCACCCUGAGCAAAGAGAUCCGCCCCGUCUGCCGAAAGUUCAUGCAAGAUCCGAUGGAAAUCUUUGUUGAUGAUGAGACCAAGCUGACUCUCCACGGGCUGCAGCAGUACUAUGUCAAACUGAAGGACAACGAGAAGAACAGGAAGCUCUUUGAUCUCCUCGACGUGCUGGAGUUCAACCAGGUGGUGAUCUUUGUGAAGUCAGUGCAGCGCUGUGUGGCUCUGGCCCAGCUGUUGGUUGAGCAGAACUUCCCAGCUAUCGCCAUCCACCGCGGGAUGCCCCAGGAGGAACGUCUCUCUCGUUACCAACAGUUUAAAGACUUCCAGAGACGUAUCCUGGUGGCCACCAACCUGUUUGGAAGAGGGAUGGACAUCGAGAGGGUCAACAUCGCCUUCAACUACGACAUGCCAGAAGACUCUGACACUUACCUGCACAGAGUUGCCAGGGCGGGCAGGUUUGGCACCAAAGGCCUGGCCAUCACGUUUGUGUCUGAUGAGACGGAUGCCCGCACCCUUAACGACGUCCAGGACCGAUUCGAGGUGAACAUCAGCGAGCUGCCCGACGAGAUCGACAUCUCAUCUUACAUUGAACCAACCCGGUAAAGAAGACCAGAUCUAUUAUCCUGCAGACAUUGGAUCAGAAUUGUGAUUUAUAUUUUACCCUUGACCUUUAACACUGAUAGCUAAGGUCAAAUCAACUAUUAUCAGAUCGAACAGUACAAUACAAUAAUUUCUUAUUCUGCUGGCAUUCAUUUGCCCCUAUAAUGAAUAAACUGUGGAAUAGCGCCCCCCUGUGGAUAGAAAUGACUUUUCUGAACAUUGUCAGGCCUUUUCCAAUGCCAUUUGUUUAAUGAUGUUAAUAUUAUUUUGUUUUUAUUUAGAGACUAGGUAGCCGUCACUGAAUAGUUGAGUUAUUUAUUGUUUGUAUUUUAUUUACGAUGUCAUUUCGAUGGUGAAUGCUGCAUUUUAUUGCCUGUGAAAAUAGUUGACCAGUUACCAAGCGGUAGUGUCUAGUGCGACGGAAAUGAAGAGGAAAAAAGGUUACAUUGAAAGACUUGUAAAGAUAGACUAAACAAGCUCUGUUCUGCACUCAAUGUGGAUUCAUAAAUGUUUGACUCGA